AACUAGUUCUUAAUCUGUGGUCCUCAUUCGCAUUUUGGCUCCAAAGUUUAAAACACGACUGUGAUUAUUAAUGUUGUAAUAACUAUUUAUUUAUUAAUGUUGUUUAAUUUUUGCUUAAUAAAAACCAGUGUAAAAUACAAAAUUAUAGAAAACCCCGAAGUGUGUGUGUUUUGUUAAGAGGUGGCAUUUAAAUGUCUAAUUAAAUAAAAAGAUGCAUCACAUAUUGAGUAUAUUGUUCGUGUUUAUAAUAGUUUCUGUUGCUGGUGAUGUUGGCGACCUGUGUAGACCUAAUGACAAAGUAUCUGAUGGUGUUUGCAAACUAGUUACUGAAUGCUUUGAGGCCAUAAGUGCGAUACAGCGGCGUGAAUCCCAUUCAUUUCAAAGAUGUGGGUUUAGCGGUCUAACAGAAAUUGUGUGUUGUCCAAGUGAUAGAUACACAUUAAUUCAUAAAGUAACACAAAAACCUGUACAGACUUCUACUAUAUUGACGGAAGAAAAGUUUGGUGCCUCUGACAAAAAUAAUCUCAGGAUUUCAGAUAUUGAGUGUCAAAAGAUUGUUGAUUCAAGUUUACCGCCACUGGGAUUACAUAUAAUUGGUGGUGAAACAGCAUCAAAUGGGGAAUUCCCUCAUAUGGCAGCUUUGGGGUAUGAUACAGUCGAGGGCGUGAAGUUCCAGUGUGGUGGAUCCCUUAUAUCCGACCAGUAUAUUCUCACGGCUGCUCACUGUGUCGAAACUUUAGACGAUGUAAAACCCAGCAUUGUGCGUUUGGGUGUAGUGGACAUAGGAGAGAAUUCAUACAACCCAGACACAGAUGUGAACGUAUCAAAAAUUAUAGUGCACCCGCAGUAUGAAAGGAAAAUUAAAUAUAAUGAUAUUGCUCUACUUCGGUUAGAGAGACGCGUAUCUCUGUCGUCCAAUUUGAAUCCAGUGUGUUUAUAUACACGAGACAACGAUCCCAAAGUACCUUUGACUAUCACAGGCUGGGGAAAAACUAGCACUUCGCGCGACACGAACAGCGCCCAGCUGCUGAAAGCGAACGUGACGGUGGUAGAGGCGAGCAAGUGCAGCGCGCUGUACGGCAGCUGGCGCCGCCUGCCCGCCGGCAUCGCGCGCACGCAGAUAUGCGCGGGCGACGACCAGGGCCGCUACGACACGUGCCAGGGUGACUCGGGCGGGCCGCUACAAGCGCUGACGAGCGAGGACGGGCAGUACCGGCUGAUAGGCGUGACGUCAUUCGGACGCGGCUGCGCGUCCACCGUGCCCGGCGUGUACACGCGCGUCGCCAGCUACCUCGACUGGAUCGAAGGGAUCGUGUGGCCGCAGCACUGACCAUAGACUUGCGGCCGGGUGCGGUGCGCGCAGUGUGUAAACCCCGCUGAACAGCGCAGUGCGUAUAUCGAACUUGCCAACUUACCCAGAAGGAAAAAAGAUCCGUGCAGCGUCAAGAUUUCACGCUAAUUUAUUGGUAGAGGGAAGAGAACCGUCUCGGUCAGUGUGAGUCUUCCAAUUGGCACCAACCGGGUGGCGCCUCAGUAACCGAAGUAAUAAAAAUUUUGCUACUCCCGA